UGUUUACCGGCCGAUCGUCCAACUCGGAACCGAUCCUUCCUGGCCAUAUCUGGCGACACGAAUUCUGUCGGUCGUCCGUCAAAUGGUAACCUAUAUCCAGCCGAUCCGGUUUGUGCCUCUCAAAUCUCUUCGGAGCUGACGUUUGCCCGCCUUCCCUUGUCCUCUCUCCUCGAAGCCCUCAUCCAUGGCCUCUUCCAACCAAGAUGAUCAUCACAUGGCUAGCAUGGGUUCACAUUCUGGACUGCCACCACUAAAUAUCUCAGUUGCGUUUCCUCAAGCAACACCAGCAUCAGUCUUUCCCCCUUCGUCAUCCGACUACUAUCAAUUCGAUGAUUUAUUGAAUCCUGAAGAGCAGGCUUUGCGGAAAAGAGUUCGAGUUGUCAUGGAAAAAGAAGUAGCUCCUAUAAUGGCAGUGUAUUGGGAGAAGGCAGAAUUUCCUUUUCAUGUUAUUCCAAAGCUUGCUACACUAAGUAUUGCUGGAGGGACUAUAAAGGGUUAUGGGUGUCCAGGGCUAUCUAUUACUGCUAGUGCUAUCGCCACCGCAGAAGUUGCAAGAGUGGAUGCUAGCUGCUCUACUUUUAUUUUAGUUCAUUCUUCCUUGGCAAUGCUUACCAUUGCACUCUGUGGAUCAGAGGCACAAAAAGUGAAAUACUUGUCAUCAUUGGCCAAAUUUGAUACUGUUGCUUGCUGGGCAUUAACUGAACCAGAUUAUGGAAGUGAUGCCAGUUCAUUGAGAACCACAGCUACGAAGGUUUCAGGAGGUUGGGUUCUGGAUGGUCAAAAGCGAUGGAUAGGAAACAGUACGUUUGCUGAUGUGUUGAUUGUUUUUGCGAGGAACACUAGCACAAACCAAAUAAAUGGAUUUAUUGUGAAGAAAGGUACUCCUGGAUUGAGGGUCACAAAGAUUGAAAACAAGAUUGGCCUAAGGAUUGUUCAAAAUGGUGAUAUUAUUUUGAACAAAGUUUUUGUUCCUGAUGAAGACAGGUUGCCAGGUGUCAAUUCAUUUCAAGAUACUAGCAAGGUUCUUGCUGUUUCGCGUGUUAUGGUUGCAUGGCAACCAAUUGGCAUAUCAAUGGGGGUAUUUGACAUGUGUAACCGGUACUUGAAAGAGAGAAAGCAGUUUGGAGCCCCAUUGGCAGCAUUUCAGAUUAACCAAGAAAAGCUUGUCCGUAUGCUUGGUAACAUUCAAGCCAUGCUUCUUGUUGGAUGGCGCUUAUGCAAGUUGUAUGAAUCUGGGAAGAUGACCGCAGGACAUGCUAGUUUGGGAAAGGCAUGGACCUCUUUAAAGGCAAGGGAGACUGUUUCCCUUGGCCGAGAAUUACUUGGCGGCAACGGUAUCUUGGCUGAUUUUCUAGUGGCAAAGGCAUUCUGUGAUUUGGAGCCAAUUUUCACGUACGAAGGAACCUAUGAUAUAAACAGCAUGGUGACCGCAAGAGAAAUCACCGGGAUUGCAAGCUUUAAACCUGCUGUUUUGGGCCGGUCAAGCCGCCUCUGAUCUCAACAAUCGGACACAGCAGUCACAAACUCGCACGCCGGAAGACCGAAAAAAAAAAACCGAAAGCAGCUCCAGCAAACAAAUGGAGCCAACAUGAUGGGAGUAUGAAUAGGGCUUCUUUCUGUAGAGUCUUUUAUUGUGGGACUCCCUCUCUCAAACUUUUUUGUGUUAUUGAUGACUCGAUAAGAUUGUGUAAUGGGCGGAACGUGUUGGUUUGGAAUGGUGUUGUGGCCACUCUGUGCCUUGUCGUGGAUUAGCGGUUGGUGGUCAGGGGGGAUGAACUCGAGGUUGGUUGUGUCGGCGGUCGAUCUCACACUCGGGAGAUUGAAGUGCAGUCGUCGGAUGUAAUGGACUCGUCCCACAUUAUUGAACAUCCAAACUUGAUGGA